AACUAUUUUGACAACAUGGCAGCAAGCGGUACACAUGCGUCAACAACAUCAUCUCCUGCAAGACCUGGCUCCGUUGCAGGAAUCUUUGAAAGUAUGAGCUAUGGACCAGCUCCGGAAGCUGAAGGUGCUGCUCAGGCAUGGAUGGAAAAGCAUAAGAAAAGCUUUGGUCAUUUCAUUGGCAAUAAGUGGGUGAAGCCAGCCGGCCGGAAGACUUACACUUCAAAAUCGCCUGCCACUGGGGAAGUCCUUACAGAAACAAUUCAGGGAGAGGAGGAAGAUAUAGAGCUUGCUGUGACGGCUGCUCGCAAAGCUUUUGAAUCUUGGAGCACGUUGUCAUGUGAUGUACGAGCACGAUACCUCUACAGUGUUGCAAGACAUGUACAAAAACACCACAGGUUACUCAGCGUAGUUGAAUCUCUCGACAACGGCAAGUCCAUCAGGGAAACCCGAGACUGUGAUAUUCCGUUAGUUGUGCGUCAUUUUUAUCAUCAUGCAGGAUGGGCAGAAUUGAUGGAUUCAGAAAUGAGCAACUGGAAACCUGUAGGCGUUGUCGGUGCUAUUGUUCCAUGGAAUUUUCCUCUGAUGUUGCUGACAUGGAAAGUGUGCCCGGCUCUUGCAAUGGGAAACACCGUGGUGCUGAAGCCUGCAACCUAUACACGUCUCAGUGCCUUGCUCUUUGCUGAGAUAUGUGCCGAGGCUGGCCUUCCACCAGGAGUCUUCAACGUAGUUACUGGCAAUGGGGCAUUUGGCAGUAAGCUAGCCCUUCAUCCAAAGGUCGAUAAAGUAGGCUUCACUGGUUCUACACAGGUUGGACAGAUAUUGAGGCGAUUGACUGCCGGCUCAGGCAAGAAAUUAUCCCUGGAACUUGGGGGUAAGUCUCCAGUUGUGGUGUUUGAUUCCGCAGAUCUUGACAGCACAGUGGAAGGCAUUGUCGAUGCUAUUGUAUAUAUAUCUGUGCAGGUGUGCAGUGCUGGGUCUCGCCUCCUUGUGCAAGAGACAGUCAUAGAGGAGCUUGUUGACAAAUUGAAAGCAAGAAUGAAGCACCUCAGGCUAGGCCACUCAUUGGACAAAGCUAUUGACAUGGGACCUAUUGUUGACCCUUCUCAGAAGAAGUCUAUCAGUGAUUAUGUUGAAGCAGCCAGGAAGGAAGGUGCAGAGGUUUACCAGGUGCCUGGGUGUUUGCCCAAUGGAGGUUGUUACUACCCUCCCACUCUUAUCACCAAAGUUCAAACGUCAUCCACUGUUGUCAUGGAAGAGAUAUUUGGUCCUGUACUUGUUGUAUUGCCAUUCAGAACUGCCAAGGAGGCUAUCGCCAUGGGCAACAACACAAAUUAUGGACUGGCAGCCAGUGUUUGGACUGAGAAUAUUUCCUUGGCAAUGGAAGUGGCACUUAGCCUCAAAGCAGGAGCUGUUUGGAUUAAUUCACAUAACAUGUUUGAUGCUGCGGCUGGAUUUGGAGGUUAUAAGCAUAGUGGAUAUGGCAGAGAUGGUGGAAAAGAGGUCAAUUAUCCUGUUUUGGUCACUGAUGCUUGCUUUGGCAUGGCAAGCCCAAUAUACAUUAUGAAGGAGGAAGGGUCUGACACACAUUGUAGUAACUCACAACUUUCACAUCGCUGCAAACUUUUUUUUAGGUGGGGAAAACGAGCUGCACACAACAGGGCUCAGAUUGUCUACUACAUGGCUGAGAACCUAGAAUUGAGACGGGACGAGGUUUCAAAGAGAAUGGCAAAUGCAACAGGUAGGACUCAAGAGGAGACUCUACAGGAGGUGGACUUGGCCAUUAGGAGGUUGUUUUACUGGGGAGCAUAUGCUGACAAGUAUGGUGGUACAGUUCAAGAAACCCUGCUUUAUGGUGCCACAGUCAAGAUCCAUGAACCUAUGGGAGUGAUAGGUAUUGCAUGUCCAGAUCAAUACCCCCUCCUAUCAUUUGUGUCCCUGUUUGCCCCAGCAGUCGUGAGGGGUAACACGGUUGUCGUCAUACCCAGUGAAAAAUAUCCCAUAGCGGCCUUAGAUUUCUAUCAGGUUUUUGAAACAUCGGAUCUACCAGCUGGUGUGGUAAACAUCGUAACAGGCGAUCAUUCCCACCUCACAAAAUACCUUGCAGAGCAUCAAGACAUCCAGGCCAUGUGGUACUUUGGCACGACCUUCGGCUCCAAGUAUGUGGAACACAUCUCCGCCGAGAAUCUGAAGCGUACGUGGGUUGACUACGGUGUGGCCCGGGACUGGACUAACAAAGAACAAGGGCAGGGGGAGGAGUUUUUGUACCAGUGUACUCAGGUGAAGAACGUUUGGAUACCAAUGGGAGAGACAUUUGCCAAUUAGUUCUUUGAUAACUAAUUCUUUGUAGCAAUAAUUAUGGAUUUUUAUUGGUCAAGUGGAUUUUUUGUUUAAACAAAUUUUAUGUGUCAUUUUAGUUGUCCUGAAAAACAAAACCACUGUCCCAGGUGCCAAAAUCAAUUAUGUAUUCAAUAAUAUAUAAAUAUUCUUUUAACUGAUAAGAAUUAUGGGUCAUUGAGGUGGUGCUAUUUAAUAGACCUUAAUUCUGUGAAUUUUUAAAGAUUUUUAUUUGUUUUUCUUUUAAAUUCAUUUGAGCUAAUUUAAUUUUAAUUUUUAAAUUUACUGGGAGAGAUUUGCUGUGAAUUACUUUCAGUAUUAUACCCAAAUUGAAUUCAUGAAAAACUACAUUGAUUUAUUACAGUAAUAACUUUUAAAUUAGGAACUAUUACCAAAGAAAACUAUUAUCUUGAGCAUUUUGAGCUCCAGUUGGCGCUAUAGCUGAUGACGCUUUUGGCCAUAUAAAUACUUGCUCUUCACUAACCAAAGCAUUGUGAUAGUUCUUACGUUUCAACUAAUUAAGCUUGAAAAGAUUUUUAAUUCCAAGCCGCAAUGGCAAUACCCCCACCAUUUGUGGCAUGCCCCACGAUUCCACAGUUAUUUUCUCCUCGCUUAAACCUGAUUAGAAUUUAACAUUUGUUUGGUUUUUAAAAAAAUUUUAUUUUCAUUAAUAUUGUUUACUUUUUGUGGUUUUGUUAUGAGAAAUAAAUUGUUAAUAUUUUAAAGCACAGAUAAUCAAUUAUUCCAUUAUGUUAUGUUUAGGACUGUUUUUUUAUGUUUUCUUCCAACAUUAGUUGUAAAACACCUGCACAUUCAGGGUUUGAAAAAUAUUGAAAUAAACCAAAAUUACAUUUAAUAGCCUUUAUUGUACAUUUAUGGUUUAAGCUGAAAUGCUAUAUAAAUAUCAAAUUUCAAUAAAAAUAUUCCAGAAACUAGUAUUCCAGUUUGUUAUGUUCUUUAUUGCAAUAUUGUAUAUUACUUUUUAACUGCAAUAAAUGCUCAGAUAUUUCAAAGGAAAUUAAGAACGCUAAAUAUUACAACAGUAUAUUAGCAUUUUUAAAAUCAACAUGUAUGGUACAGUGGACAUUGCAUGAUUUAAAAAGCUGAAAUUAAUAGGUUGUAACUAAUAACACAGUGUUUAAUGCUUCAUUGUAAAGUGGACAAUGUAUUGAGAAAUGUUUCAACAACUUUUUUAACAUAGCAAUUGCCGGAUUGAUUGACAGGGGUCUCAAGAAAUAAUUUAAUUUUGUUUUGCUGCUUGUGCUGAUACUAAUCGAAACAGAAUUCUGUUUGACAAUUGAUAAUAAAGGGGUAAUACAAUAGUA